UAUCACUCAGUCAGUUUCGCGGCAGGUCGGUUUGCACUGCCUUCCAAUUUCACUUUCAUUCAUUUGCAAAUUAGCAUUUGUUUGGCAGGUCAUACUCACCUACCAAGUAACCGCGACCUUUUUGUUCCGUUCACUGCCUUGGGGAUUUUACUUUCAGCAUCCAUGAGUUUCGGUGUAGAAAUUUCGAUGACGAAUUAAAGAGUGACUUAAUGUGGGAGACCUAAGCCAUCUGUUGCGCCGUGGACCGACUAUUUGGCAUCACUCCCCAGCUAUUACCAGUGCUGAGCAGGGAAGACUGAACGAGCGACAUGGCGAGGCUUGUUUUAUUGGUGGUAUCGAUUAUUAGUGCGACUGUAGUCACCGAGACAAGGCGACUAAGUAAUAGCAUUAGUCACUACGAACCGCUCGAUUAUAACCAGCGAGAUCUACAUGAAAAACACGACAGGGCGAGGAGAUCGGCAGACGGCGAGUUGGAACUCCAGUUCAACGCCCUUGAGAGGGAUUUUCAUCUUCGACUUCGGAGAGCAACAUCAAUUUUUGCAGAAGAUUUCACGAUAGAGACUUCAGAAGAUGGUGUGAGUGAUUUUGACACCUCACAUAUUUAUACUGGUUUCCUCCAAGGUGAACCAUCUAGCCAUUGCCAUGGCUCGAUUCACAAUGGCACAUUUGAAGGAUCUAUUCGCAGCGGAUCUGAUGAGUAUUUCAUUGAGCCAGCACACAGGUAUUACAAAGAACACCAUCCAGAUUUCCAUUCUGUUAUCUAUAUGGGAAAGGACGUGCAGCUUACGAGUGAACACCGCGAUCCUUCCGGAUGUUCCAUGUCAGCAGAGCUGUUUACUAAGAUGCAAAAAAUACAAAAUGAUUUUCAGGACAAAAAGAAAUAUAUCAAAGACAGAACGAGACGAAACAGUGAUCAGACGACAUGUCCGCUCUUCAUUCAAACAGAUCAUACAUUCUAUGAAAAAUAUGGCAGCUAUAAGGAGGUUGUAAGUGCAAUAGCCAGUGCAUUGGACGCGGUUAAUUACAUAUACGGCAAUACAGUCUUUGGUAGCUAUACAAAUAUAGGAUUUCUUGUAAAGAGAAUCAGGGUUUAUACUACAAGUGAUAUCGCUUUACCUCAGUAUAAUUUUGCAAAUGAAUACAUCGGCGUUGAGAAGUACCUGGACUUGGCUUCUUCUGACAAUUUUGAUGAAUAUUGUCUGUCUUAUGCAUUCUGUGCCAGAGAUUUCACCAACGGCAUCUUGGGACUUGCUUGGAUUGGCUACGCAUCAGAUUUACAAGGUGGUGGUAUUUGUGACCAAUACAGAGAAUAUAUAAACCAAGGAUGGAGAAGCUUGAAUACAGGUGUUGUUACCACGGUAAACUAUGGUUUUCCAGUUCCUCCACUCUUAUUUCACCUCACCUUUGCACAUGAACUUGGACACAGUUUUGGAUCACCGCAUGACUACCCAUCAGAAUGUAGACCAGGGGGUGUGGCCGGCAACUACAUCAUGUAUUCCAAAUCUUCAGAUGGCCUUCACGUCAACAACAAUGAGUUUUCAGAAUGUAGUAUCGGCAAUAUGACUUUGGUAUUGGAUGCAAAGAAAAACAGGUGCUUCACAAGUCCUGACUUUGCAAUCUGUGGAAAUGGUAUUGUAGAGGGUACAGAGGAGUGCGAUUGUGGAUACGAGUAUGAAUGCGAGGACAAAUGCUGUGAGCCACGGAAAGCGGCCGUUAGUGACAGUAAUGCUUGUAAACUGUCUAAGUACAUACCUGGAGUGGAGUGCAGCUUAUCAGAUGGACCUUGCUGUGAUCCGGAUACAUGUCGCCCUAUGGCAAUAGGUGAAGUAUGUAGACUGGCCGGCGGAUUGUCAUAAUGAAAUGUACUGCAAUGGGACUAGCGCUCUAUGUCCUUCAAUUACAUCGGACCAGAAAGACGAUGGUAUAAAAUGUGAUAAUGGCCGACGUGUCUGUAAAAGUGGGUUGUGUACAGGAUCCUUGUGUGAGACUUUGAAUUUAGAAGAAUGCACGUGUGAAAGAUCUGAGGAAUACUGUGAUUUAUGCUGUCGGAACAUUGGACUACAACACACGUGUGUGAGCGCUAGUAAGUGGCUAAACGUAUUAGAUGACGAUAAUGAGCCGAUCUUUGUUCAUCCUGGUACUGCUUGUAACAGCAUGCAAGGUUACUGUGAUGAAUACCAUGUAUGUCGCGACGCCGACGAGGACGGGCCGCUGAUCAACAUUGUGAGAAAAAUAUUUAAACCAAGUCAGACUGGUGAUAUAUUGGAUGAUGUCCGAGCCUAUAUUAAG